UAAACAAGAGGAAUACAUGCGAGUUAAGUGCAGUAUUUUUUCAAUUGUGCCUUCGCGACGUUUUACAUACUGUAGUACGAGAAAUUAAACCGGCUCGACGAUUUUGCCAGAGAAUAACGGUUGAAGCCAGUAGAUGGCGCAUUGUCCUGCUUUUUUUUUUGUUUCAGCAAUACAAAUUAGGAACAAACUAUCGUGCCGGAGGGAGAGGGUGACGCUGUGCAUAAAUAGGAGGAGGAGAAGGCGAGUAAGCUUAUGAUGCCGUAGCCAGAUCCUCAAGCAGCAGGUUUAAGACGCACUCCUCCCUCUAAGUUUCAGUCCCCGCUGUAGUCCUGAUCAAGACACCUGACACAAUCAAGAGCGAACACAGAGCUUUCCGAUUCGCCGGCAACAUGGCCAACCUGAAGAAGAGAAAUUCCAAUACGUCUGCGGACCGGGAGGAAGAGGACAGGCAGGCGAAGGAGAAGAUGCUGUCCUCGGCCGGCGGAGAGAACGGGGACAGCCGGCGAGACCGCCCGAGUGCGCCGGGCAGCCCCGAGCUCGGCGGGGCGGCGGGCGAGGAGUCGGUCGCCCUGAAGAGAAACAUCACGCUGGUCAACGGCGUGGCGAUCAUCGUGGGUACCAUCAUCGGCUCGGGCAUCUUCGUGACCCCGACGGGAGUGGUGAAGGAAGCGGGCUCGGUAGGGUUGUCCCUUAUCAUCUGGGCUGUGUGCGGGGUCUUCUCCACCGUCGGGGCGCUCUGCUACGCCGAGCUGGGCACCACCAUCUCCAAAUCCGGCGGGGACUACGCUUACAUCCUUGAGGUCUACGGCUCCCUGCCGGCUUUUCUAAAGCUCUGGAUUGAACUUCUUAUCAUCAGACCUUCAUCGCAGUACAUAGUUGCCUAUGUGUUUGCUACCUACCUCUUGAAGCCGAUUUUCCCAGAUUGCAACGUGCCAGAGACUGGAUCCAAGCUGGUGGCCUGCAUGUGCAUCUUGCUCCUGACGGCAGUGAACUGCUACAGUGUGAAGGCUGCCACUCGCGUCCAAGAUGCCUUUGCAGCUGCUAAGCUGAUGGCCCUGGCUCUCAUCAUCAUCAUCGGCUUUGUCCAAAUUGGGAAAGGUGACAUUGAGAAUCUCCUGCCAGAAAAUUCCUUCAAAGGCAGCAAUGCUGAUUUUGGGAAAAUUGGACUGGCCCUGUACAGUGGCUUGUUUGCGUAUGGAGGCUGGAAUUAUCUGAAUUUUGUCACGGAAGAAAUGAUCGAACCUUUCAAAAAUCUUCCUCGCGCCAUCAUCAUCUCCCUGCCCAUUGUGACCAUCGUGUACGUCCUGACCAACCUGGCCUACUUCACCACCCUCAGCCCCGAGUCCAUGCUCAGCUCCAAGGCUGUUGCCGUGGAUUUUGGAAACCACCACCUAGGGGUAAUGGCUUGGAUCAUCCCCGUGUUUGUGGGCCUAUCCUGUUUCGGAUCAGUAAAUGGGUCUCUCUUCACCUCCUCCAGGCUCUUCUUCGUGGGAUCCCGUGAGGGCCACCUGCCCAGCCUCCUGUCCAUGAUCCACCCCAGCCUGCUCACACCUUUGCCCUCCUUGAUCUUCACAUGCCUCAUGACACUCCUCUAUGCCUUCUCCAAUGACAUCUUCUCCGUCAUCAACUUCUUCAGCUUCUUCAACUGGCUGUGCAUCGCCCUGGCCAUCAUUGGCAUGAUGUGGCUGCGCUACAAGAAGCCCGAGCUGGACCGGCCCAUUAAGGUGAAUAUCCUGCUGCCAAUCAGCUUCGUCCUGGCCUGCAUCUUCCUCAUCGUGGUCUCCAUCUGGAAGACACCAGUGGAAUGUGGCAUCGGAUUCGUCAUCAUCCUCACCGGGGUUCCUGUGUACUACUUUGGGGUGUGGUGGGUCAACAAGCCCAAAUGGGUUCUGCAGGUCAUCUUUUCCUCGACCGUCUUCUUCCAGAAGGUUCUGGAAGUUGUGCCCCAGCAAUCAUGAGCAGGUCUCUCCCUCCGCUUUGCUAAGCGCACAAUGGACUCGCUACUAACCGUUCUCCCACACGCCAUCUCAAAGGAAACACUGGAACAGGCCUAGAGUGGGAGAGAUCAGAGCCACUUCCCCUGACCUGGAGUCGGACACUCUCCAGCCCAGCACUGCUGUCCCCGAGCUGUGGGGCACGAGAAUAGUGUUUCUGGGUGGGUAAUUACAAUUGGACAGCAUUGGGGAUAACAAUUCUAACUUGGGAAUAUGCAUAUAUACAUAUAUUACCUGUGUAUAUACUGUAUGUAUAUAUGCAAAUGUUCCUGAUAUUUUCAAUAUGGUCGGAGUCAACAGUACUUUUUUGUAACUUUAUUUUUUUAGGAGUUAAACUGUUUCCACACCUUUUUGCACACCAUCGUCCUUUCUCCCUUAGGGCCUGUGAGUUUUUCUCAACAAAAAAAAAGCACUCCCUCCCACAUGCUUCUGUCUGCAGCCCAGGCUCACAGUUUCCAGAUACUCUCUCAAGGGAGAGGGACAAAAUAUUCUGAGACUUGUCUGUACCAUCUGCCGGUGGUACCCACACACCUGGACAUAUGGUGACCCCAUAAUUUCCAUGGCAACACUGGACCUAGCAACGGACACAGGCAGCUGCCAGCUCCCACCACACAGUCUUGCAUAGGGAAAAUUUGGCCAGUGUGUUAUCAGGUUACCUCAAUGUAUGGACCUGAACCAUAAAAGUUAAAUGGUUAACCCUGCAAAAGAGCAUGGAUAUUUAUGUGGGCAUGUCAGCUUCCUUGGGAAAUUUCUGACAUGUCGUCUUCCAGGGUGCAGUUUUGAAGAACUUGGAAAUAGUCUCAAACAGAUGUCCGACUGACGACAGACGUCGGUGGACCCAGGUGGUCUUGCUUCUGCCCUGCUGCCACUGUUUCAGUGAGGCUUCACUGACUACCCGUGCGGACCUCUUGUCUCUCUUCUGUGUUCUUGUGUUGUAGGUUGACGCUAAGGGUUCUUCUGGUGCUGGAUUGCAGUUCUCUGUAAAGGUGCAUUUGAAAACAUUUACAAUUGUGAAGAAAAAACACACAAUCUAUAAAACAUUUCCUUUUUAGUACAGCUAACCUAUGCAGCUGUUGCAGCGUCAAAAAAUGGGUUUGCUGUCUUUUCCACGUCGGUUCUCUAAGCGCUGAUUUGGAAAAGCCAUUAAAUGUUACAUCAUUCAGUCAGAUUGUCUGUGUAAAGACCACAUGAGGCCAUUUUCUGAUACAACUGGCAGUGCUGCUGACCUGUGGAGCUGUCAGAGCAGGAACUGGCCUCCCCUGAGGGAACUACUGUGAGACUGUGAAACACUGUCAGUCUGAUCAUCUAGUUGUUUCUUUUUUUAAUGGUGCUGAUUGGAGCAAAAUCCCCCGUUUUCGAAAUUAGAGCAUCAGGUGGUAGAAAAACAGCACUAUGAGUUCAUCUUAUUUUUAUGCCCAGGAACAAGACGAUGGACUGUGUAACUUCCAGUUUGCUAAUGAUAUCUUGCAUAAUGUGAGGCAAACCUGACCAAACAGCAGAAGAGCUGUGCUAUUAACACAGUAGCGGCUCUGCAGCUGAAUGUCAAGACCCUAUGAGAAUUUUAAAACCUGUUCUCUUAACCGGUGGUUUUAGAUUCAACACUCCCCCAUUGUUUGGAGUCUGCCACCAGACCUCCCAAAGGGGAAGAGAAUGAGAAGUUCUUGUCCUGCAGGAUUCAUAGGUCACCCUUACAGCACUGUUUCACAAUCCCUGUUUGACAGAGUACGCAGACACGGUAUGAAGUACUUCAUUCAGGUUUGUGUCCCAAGCAGCCUUUCUCAAAGACUGAGCUUGCUCUCUCCUGACUUCUCCUGACUGUGAGACGUGUCCCAAGUCUUUGGGAAGUGAUGGUGACACUAAACCUGUUGAAUUGAGGGCCCCAGGAUCAGAGUUCCUGACAGCUUCUUGUGGCUGCCCAGGAGGUUGAAGUACUGUAGUGUAGCUACAAGGGACCCAAAUCUCCCAAAAUCUCCCAGAUUCGCUGUGUCUCCUCAUUGAACAUUGAAGCGUUUCUUAAAAAGAUCUCUGGAUCUUUGUGAGCAAGGGCAGCAGUUUUUUGUGCCUUCUGCUGUGUAUAUAGAAACCCAUAAAAAAUAUGCUGCCUUUCACAAAAGCUCUUUAUAUAUAUCCUUUUAUUCCUAGUAUUGCUGUUCCUAAAAGAACAGCCCAGGAUGAUUUUACUCAAAUCAGAGUUUAAAUGCAUUUAUAUAUGGCACUCUUGACUUCAGAGCAUCACCCUUUUUGACUGUGUAUUGUUUUAAACUAAGAUGUUUUCAAAUGCUGUAUUCCCACAUGGUUGCUAUGCAAGGUUUUAAAAUAAUAUGUAGCGUAUACUUGUACAUAUUAGUAUACACACAUAAUGUAAUAUUACUGAGCUUUUAAAAUUGUUAUCCCUAAUGUUACACUUCACUUCCCAGUUUAACAUUAUAUUCACGUUACACUUAAUGUUAUAUACUGUAUAAUCCUGAGUUAUGUCUUUCUGGGCAGUGUCCUUCUGACAUUCCUGCUGACUUUGGGACUUGAGCAUCGCUGUCAGGAUAUUUUCAGAUCACAUAUUUUUCAAUAGAAGUGUGUGAAUUGUAAUUUUAUUUCUUUCUCAUUGUAACCCAGUGUUCAAUGCCUGGAUUUUCAAAACUCAGAUGCUCUUUGUGCCCACGUUGCUGGGGGGACCUCCUGUAUAGUACUUAGAAAAAAGCAGUGAAUGGUGUAUAGAAGCUGUCAGUGUUCAGACCGGUGUUGCAGUGCACCAGGAUUGUGAUAGGCCACCUGAAACGUGCGCCUCCCAGUAUGAUAGAUUCACAGUGUAAAAGUACAGGCAGCACCAUGCAAGUCGAGUUUUAUGCAGCUCUUUUCUGUAAAGCAGCUGCUUGACUUUGGGAGACACGUGAUUGUUCCGUUAUGACUUAGUCACUGUGCGUUUUGAUCUACAAUUCCAGUUGCUUUGGUUUAUUCCAUGUUCUUCUUGCUAUUGCUUAUGGCUGUGAUUUUUUUGGUAAAGUCUGUUUUUAUGCUAAGCUGGUCAAACAGGGUAUGAACGCUGGGGUCUGAACUCUGAACGCUUGAGAUUUUGUACCAUUUUUACACCCCUAUUUCCUGGAACUUCUGCAACUGGUUACCUGUGGACUGAAAAGGUCAAAACUCUUUUCCUCACAUGGAAGUUGAGGAAUAUUAAAUUAGGAUUUGGGGAAAGGGUCCUGGAAUGAGCAAAGAGUGGAUGUGGGUGGAAUAAGUUUUUGUGUGGCUGUUACUGCAGUAAAAAAUAAUGUGGAGAUUUCUGUGAUUUCUGUCAGUCUGUGUGAUGCGUCUGCAUUGAACUGAUGAAGGUUUCCGUUAUAAAAAAAGUCUGAAGGAAUUUAUUGUACACACAUUCUGUUUUCUAAAAUUGUUUUCAUUUUCUAAAUGAAAUUAGAUGAUCAUUUGUGGUUUUCCUGUUAGAAAGUGUUAGCUCCACAGUUCAUGUGAAACAGAUGUCUUUCGAAUUUGAUGUCCGAAAAAAGAAUGUGUGUAUUUAUCUGCAGUGUAGAUAUGACCAUUCCACUAGCUGUUGUUAAGGUUUCAUUUUUUAUGUUUAACAGUUCUACAGAGUGACUAAUCUAGAUUUGUGUGUAUUAUUAAUUUAUGUUUAUUAAGUUAAAUUGUAUUGUAGACACAUUUAUUUAUUUUAGUGACUGCUUGUGGAUACAGCUGAUACAAGCAUGUAUUAAAGCACUCCGAUCACUGUAGGGUUGUGAAUUUUGUACCCUUUAUUUUUCAUUUAGUGUUUUGUUGCUUACAUUUUUAAUUAGUUUCCCUCUGGGUUGCAGUGUUUCUGCCCAGCCUAGUGUUGUGUAGGGGUAGCAGGUUCCUAGCAUUUUGAGAUAUGGGAGGCGUGUGUUCUGAGAUAGCAGUAACUGCUGCUCCACUGCCUCUAGUGUGGAACCUACGAUCAGGAGCGACAGUCCAGUAAUGGGAAGGGAAUUCUGUUACAAAUAACCCAGGGGCUGUUCCAUGUUCAUUUGUAAAGCUGUUUGCAUGUACAGAGGAACUCCGUGACAAAAUCUUGACUUUUGUUUAACUGUUUUGCAUACACAUGUAAUUCAUGUAUUGUAAAUGUUACAACUGACCCACUCAAGAAAGCUAAACUAGAGCAUUUUCACAGUGCAGGGCUAUGGACUGCUGUGAAUAUGUUGCUGGUCUUUAUUAUCAAGCAUACAAGCCACUGUAUUAACAUUGCUCUGGCUGUGAUGUGUAUUUUACUGGUUUUGACAGUGGAAAAACAAACGUUUGGCCCAUAUCGUUGUGUGCAGCUGUCUAAUAUGCAAAGAUGAGUUGGGUUUUCUGACCCUGGCUGACUUUCAAAACAUUUUGCUCCUGUACCAAAUGGGCCCCAGUUUUUUUUUCUUAAUGCAGAGUAAACUGCAGCUAAAUGUUUUCCAAAACUCUGUUCCACUAGAUUUGUGCCUUUUAAUGUUUUAGUUGCUUUUGGGGUGGGGGGGAACAAAAGUGGAGCAUGUUUUGGUAGGGGGCCAAGAACUUCAAAUCAAGAGUCAUCCUGGAACAGGGUGGUUCCAUAGGGAAUAGUGAGUGUUUGGGCUGCUGGGACGAUUGUCCCCAUACAUACCCCCUGAAAGGGCACUACUGCUCCAUAACCACUCAUCCUUGUGCUGCGUUUCAUCUAAAUAAGAGAUGUGGGGAUUAAUCUCUUAGAGGAUCUUCAUGCUGACGCACUACAGGCAGAACCAGGGCUUAGAACUCUUCUGAGCCCAUACAAUCAUAGUAAUUCAUGAUAUUAUCAUCAUGGGAUGGGAAAACCAGUGUAAUCUUGCAAUGCAGGUUACUGGAGACGAGCUUCCUGCAUCAGAUUCAGGGUAUUCUGCCAUUACUGUUGUGUUCAUGUCUUUUUAUUUUACUCCUGCCUGUCGGCAUCCUUCAGAAUCCCACACCUUAUCCCUGAGUUUUCACCACAGUACGUGUGUCGUGUAAGUCUUUGCUUUGUACCUGUACUCUGAGCUCAAAGCUGUAUAGGAAAAAAUGAACAGAUUUGUAAUAGCUUUUUAUUGCCUUUUGUUAGAAAAAUGUCUUUGAACUGCUGAUUUUCUUUUUUGUGGAAUAAAAAAUAGUCUACAUCUGCA